AAUCGCAAUGCGGUGUGACCACGGUACCAUAACUUUUAAACUCUGUCGUUGCUCUUGCAAAUGGCGAUGCAAAUGUUUGAUACCCCGUAAGAAAAAACCUCCGCCGCCGUUUAACAGGGCAACAAGCAGAGAUACCAAAAUUGGUUUACAUCCAAAAUUGUAUACCCAUUAUUCGCAUGCACCGUCGGUUGGUCGAUACAAUGUUUUGCCGAUCAAAACUAAAGGACAAGCAAUAAGUUGGAAGAGAGAGUUGGAAACGAAACAAUUUUCUGAGAGCUUGGGUGGUCGUUAUUUGAAAUCACGCUUAAUUCAAAAAGAUUUGAUGAUCACAGGACGUGGUCCAGGAACUCACGAGAUAGAGCAAUGGCCCGAGAACGUUCUGAAUAAACCUUGCAAGAGCAUACACGAAGAUGUCGGUUUUGGCACUGUUCCACGUUUCAAAAGUGUUUACUCUAAGACACCUGGUCCAGGAUACCUUAAAGUACAUAAUCCUUAUUAUUAUUUGGAGCUGAAUAGAUUGAAAGGUUUUUCCUCCUUACCAACCUUUGAAUACGAUGGUCUUAUGCCAAGAUUUAAAGAUAUUCAAAGAGACCACUCUUUGCCAUGUAACAUAUAUAAUGUGAAAGAUUCGAAAUCCAUUGAAGCUGUUUUAAACAAAGUUAUUGGAAAAAGAGGGCCGUACGAUUUAUUUACAGGACCAAGGGAUGAAACUACGUUGAAGGGAUAUAUGAGUAAGAAAAUAGAGGAUUAUCGAGGUUGGCCGCUAAGUUUGCCCGGUGAAAUAGACAAACUUUUACACAAAUCGAAUUAUUACAAGGGACGUAUCACGACAUGUCCAAGAUUUCCGAAGAUCAGUGGAUUGAGGAUGGCAUUAAAAGAUAUUAACAUGUGUUACAAGGAUCCAAAUGAUCCUGGGCCUGGCUAUUACAAUCCUUCCUCACCUCGAAAACCUAAAAACAGAAUGAAUUAUCCUUUCGAUAGUAACAUCGAAAACGUUCGACCGAUCAUGCAAGACGUUGGAUAUCCUGGACCAGGAAGAUACAAAAUUAAAGAAGUUAAACGUAUCAAAGGGAAUGGAUGGACCUGGAUCUUUAAAAGCAAAGAACCUAGAACUAUAGGUGCCAUCCUCCCUAAACCUUACAGCAAUUUUUGAUCAAUUUUUGUAUAUCUCAAAGAAAGAAAAGAAAAAAGAAAAAUAAAAAAUAAAAAAUAAAGAAAAGAAAAGUCUUACUCGUGAAGGAUCCUCCUCAGUUGGCCGAUAAGUGAUCGGAAGUGUUAAAACCGAUCCAAUUUCAAGAGUUUUCCCAGGUGGCAUAAAAAAUGGUCCCAAUGGAUUGAGCAAAGUCACCCGUACUUUUACCUCUCUGAAAAAGAAAAGGCAAGAGUUUGAUACGAAAACUUCCGAGAUUUCGACACGCAAUUACAUCACGAGGGAGAUAGAUCACCGAGACGACACGGAGAAAGUAUUGACUUAAUUUAUCCAUAAGAUUUUGCAAGAAUCGAAUGCAACAAGUUUUGCCUUCUUGUAAAAAACAGAGGGAGAGAGAGAAAGAGAGAGAGAGAGAGAGAGAGAGAGAGAGAGAGAGAGAGAGAGAGAAGGAAGAGAAGAUUAAAAUCUAACCGACGAUCAAAUUUCUCUUUCUAACGAUAUAUACCUGUCGGAGAUAUUUUUCACUGAUAAAAACUUCCUCGACGACGAGCCGAUGAUCGUUGGUUCGAAACUUAUUUCACGUGUAGUAUUCAAAAUGAUUAUAGCCGGUUUG